AUGGCCGAAGAGAAGAAGAACCUCGUGCCCCAGGGCUUGAACCGCCUCGACAGCUCCCUCACAGUCACCACCAUCCCCGAGCGGGCCGCCCUGUCCAAUGUCAGCACCGUCUGCGCAUCGCCGCUCGACAAGACCCCGCGCAGCAGCAAGGAGACGGGCAAGAGCAACCCCUUCGAGACAGACCUAGAGGCCGGCACUCCCACUCGCGAGCUGAGCAAUUGCGUCACCCGAACCCAGACCGGCCAGAAGGACUGCCAGGUCUGGCCCGACAAGGCCCAUUGGGAGCGCAAGGCCAAGCUCAACAAGGCCAAGAACCGAACCUGCGGCUGCAUGAACAGGAUGAGCAAGCGCAACCGCAUCAUCACCAAGGUCGUCAUCAUCCUGCUCAUCAUCGGCCUUGGCCUGGGCAUCGGCUUCGGCAUCAGCAAGCCUCUGGGCGCCAAGAUCUGGGGCGACAACACAAAGAGCACUUAG